AUUAUCUUUGGUUGGUAUACAGUUUAGUUUUAAAUUGAAUCAAAAUUAUACAAAAACAGAACACGUGCAAGCAGAAGCAUUUGAUAGAAUUUUAAUUUUCCAAAAAAAAAUCCAACAACAUAUUAUAUGGACAAGGCCAUGAGUUCUAAUAACUGUGGUAGUGCAACAGGAAAUUCAAUUGAUCCUUCCAUACAGCAUGAUUUAGGGAGUACAGAUGAACCUGUUCAUGAAUCCAAACAAAACAAUGCUGAAGUGAAAGAUGCUACUCUUCCUGAUAGUGAUGUACACUCAGGUGAGAUUGUUGACCAAUCUACACAAAAUAAAUUGAACAAUGACUUGGAGAAUCCCCCUGAUAAAUCUGGAUCAGAAAUCAAUGUAGAGCAAAAGGAAUUUGUAAGCCAAGAAUUAUCACAUAAUGAUACAAACACCAUUGAAAGCAAUUCCGAUGAGUAUAGAUUAGACCAACUCCCUGGUAACGCUAAAAGCGUUACUGUGGAUGAAAAAACACCAACGGCAGCUGAUGAUAUAGCUUCUGAAUCCCCGAAGACAGUAAAUGAUGAAGAACAUACAAAACCUAUUUCGGAUGUAAUUCCAAGCCCACCACUUACUUCAGUCAAAAUCGAAAAAGACGCAGACCCUAACCAGUCGUCUUCAUCUUUGGCCCUUCUAGCUCAAUAUGAUACGGAUUCUGAUGACGAUGUUUGCGAAGUUCCAGUUCCACUGACGUAUCAAAAUCGAUGCGUAGAAAUUGAUUCAGAUUCCUCGACAUCAGAUGUUGAGUUUUUGAGUGAAAAACGUGACACAAUUAAUUUAGAUAUGUUUGACAAUGAAGUAGAUGAUGAUGAGGAAGAUGAGGGAAAUAAUCGCACCUCACGUCAACCAAGAGUUAAAGGUGAGCUUCAAUUGGAGGAUUUGCCUCCUAUUGAAGAUUUGCACAUAACAGUUCCCGAAGAAGAAUGCACUGAACUUGGCAAGAUUCAUUCGAUUGUCGAACAACUUGUUUUAGUAAGUGCGUUACCCGGAACUGUUCCUUUGGAUUUGGAAACAGUGUUGUUUAGAGACAAGGGCAGAAAAGUACUGGGUGAAGUAUUUGAUGUUCUUGGGCAGGUUUCGGAUCCAUUGUACUGCGUCCGGUUCAAUUCGAAUAAGGAAAUCAAAGAAAAGGGUAUCGAAGUUGGUCAGCUUGUAUAUGUGGCUCCCAGAACAGAACAUACUCAGUUCAUAGUUCUGGCAAAUUUAAUGAAAGUUCGUGGUUCUGAUGCCAGUUGGGAAAACGAUGUGGAGCCACCACCAAGAUUUAUAGAUUAUUCAGAUGACGAAGAAGAGCGGUCAGCUAGGAGACCCAAUAGAAAGAGGCAAUCUUCGGGAGGUUUAACAUAUUCGGGCAGAGGUACAUAUACUCCAAGGAGACCAUAUAGGGGUAACUAUAGUAGUCGCGGAGUAAGGCAGCCCCAUAGUCAAGGAAAUUACAACAUGGUUGGGAAUAGUUGGCAUUCGAAUUUCAAUCAAGCGCCAAUGUUUAACCAGCCACAAUAUCAGAUGCCGGGACAUUUGCAAAGUGGAUACAUUAGGCAAAAUUUCAAUAACAACUCGCCUUAUCAACACCCCCCUCCGAUUAAUCCUGGAUUGGUUGUAAACCCGUAUGCGAUUUAUCCACCCCCUCAGGGAAUGCAACAGCCACUUUUCCCACCGCCACAUCUGCAACAGCCCCCGCCUUCGCAGUAACCCUUUUUUUGUAUUGUUUUAAUAAUACCUAUUAAUUAUGAAGUUUUAAGAAAUUGUAUCUUACUAAAAAAUACAUUUUGUAUAUAUUUUGAA